CUAGUAAGAGCUUCUCUUUGACAAAGCCGACUUCGUCUUUCUUCCUCUUCACCGACUCUAUCGCCGCCGCGUACUGAAGCCAAUCGUCUCUCUCUCUCUCUCUCUCUCUCUUUUGUAUUCAACUAUGGUGAGCCAAAGACAAAGACUUGCGCGUAAGAGGUACAAGGAAGCUCACCCAGAGGAGUUCCCCAAACCAGAACCAACGCCUCCAAAGGAUCCAAACAAGAAGAAGAAGAAGAAGAGCUUGUUCAAGAAAAAGAAACCUACCUCUUCCUCCGAUAGAAAAGGCUCCUCCUCCACGAGGCAUCCUCUCCGCGUCCCUGGUAUGAAACCUGGAGAAGGCUGUUAUAUCUGCAAGUCCAAAACUCAUAUUGCUAAGCUCUGCCCCGAGAAGUCUGAGUGGGAGAGAAACAAGAUAUGCUUGCAAUGUAGAAGGAGAGGGCAUAGUCUUAAAAACUGUCCGGACAAGAGCGAUGAGAGCAGCUUCGAGAAGAAGCUGUGUUACAACUGUGGAGAUACUGGCCAUUCACUUUCUCAUUGUCCUAAUCCUUUGGUAGAUGGAGGGACGAAAUUUGCAAGUUGUUUCAUAUGCAAGGGACAAGGGCACAUAAGCAAGAACUGCCCACAAAACAAGCAUGGAGUCUACCCAAUGGGUGGGUGUUGUAAAGUGUGUGGUAGUGUGGCUCAUCUCGUCAAAGACUGCCCUGAUAAACUCGACAGAGACUCUGCUCCAACUAAGAGAUCAAGGUUCGAUGCUACACCAAGAGGCAAACUCACCAAGUUCAGUGGGGAUGAUCUUGAGGACGAUUUCUAUGAAGAGCCUAAAAGCAGCAAGAAGUUGAAGACCUCCGAUGCUACUACACCUGAUGAUUUAGAUCAGAAGAGCAUCCCGGAAAAGAAACAAGGUCCGAAGGUUGUCAAUUUCUUUGGAUGAUACAAGAGGAUCUAAAGGGUCUAUCAAUUUUGUAGGGAAAAUAUCAGACUUUUGUUGUUCUCUAUCUUCCUCUAGAGUUUGUGUUGGGACAAUUUGCUAUUUAGAGUUUAACAACAGUGCAUGUAAUGGAACCAGUGAACCACAGUGCCACUUCUGUUUCAGAUAAUCUCUUA